UGGAACAAGUACGGUAAGAGUGGAGAUUCCUCUGUGUAACUAUAAAGUAUGUAGGCAUAGAUCAGUUUGUUGACGAGUACGAGCCUAGGAGGAUCAAGAAAAUGGGAGAGGAUGAUGAUGAUGCCGUCUUCUUUACUGAAGAAGAUUAUGAUAUGUUCUCAUUGAGCCGAACUCACAACAUCCGUGCUCGUCGUAAUGAGCAAAUCAAAGCUUUGAAAAAUUGGCGGGAUGUGGUUGCCAAAGAAAAGGAGAAGAAGCUAGAGGCCAAGAAGCAAUCCAAGCAGGCUAACCCUUCGAAAGAAGCUGACAAGAGAACUCCUCAAGCUGUUCCCAAGCCCCCCUCUGAGAAACCCAAGCUUCCGGGAAACCUUUACAGUCUCGUCUCACCUAACCCUAAGAUCAGAUACCCUACGUUCUCUCGAUUGACCCUGGUACAGCAUAAGAAGUUCCUACAGCUUCAGGCCCAGUAUGGCUCAAAGGGUACCAGGGUCACUACGUCCAAGCAGUCAGCUGAACUUCAACAUUGGAGGCAACUUGGAGGCCUGAUAUACCAAGAUCAACAAGACUUCAAUGCUUUUGCAGAGUACAUGGCCAAAAAUCAACCAGACAGGUAUACUUCUUUGCCAACAGGAGCAGGGAAAUACCUCAAGGAUUCCUUAAAGAGAAAUGUAGAGAGAGUGGAAUCCCUUCCUCAACACUAUGCAGUUCUACAGACUGUCACUCUCAACCCAGGUGUACCAUUGCCAUCAGACCCUACACUUCAGAGAAUAGGAUCACCAGUCUUUGUGGGAAAGCACACAGAAUUGGUUAUCCCACCACUGGAAUGUCAGAAGGUCAUCUUGAAAACUUCUGCAAAUGAAGAUGAAGGUCUUUCAGAUGUCCAAGAAACUGUGACCAACCAGAACUGUCAAAAACUUUCCGAGGUAUACAACGCAGACAUAGUCCUCUCCGCUGACAGUUUUUUCACACUCGUGAACAACCAUGCGCCCCUCUAUGAACAUCAAUGGGAGAUUCCCAUCGAGGUCAAAGAGAGACCCACAGGGAAGGUGGCAUUUAUUGAAGAACCUUUGAUGAGACACCUGUAUUAUCCUCAUGAUGCUAGUAGUCUUUACCACAACCUGGUACUGAAGCAGAUGCUGUCAACGGGAGGCAACGAGAAGUACUGCAAGAUGGUGGACAGGACUGAAGAAGAUGAACUUGAGGGUAUGACACAUGAAAGGGUGGACACUGCACUUCCAUUGGAGGUGGAGCCGGAAGUGGAAGAAGAUGCUGAUGAGUUUGGCUCUGUGUCCUUGACGGAUCUGGAGACGUUUGGGAGCGAGAUUCGAAGUCCGAGGGCGAAGACGCCAGAGAAGGAGGAGGCAGUGGAGGAAGUUAAAGUGGAACGUGAAGUUGAUUGUGAAGGCAUGGAGAUGUCUAAAGUAGUAAAGGAUGAAAGCAUUUUAGGAAUUGUGUCUCAACAGAUUCUAACAGAUGAUAAAGAUGUAACAAAUAACAGAGACUUCUUAGAGGGUGAUAACGUUAAGAUGGAGUGUCAAGAAAACGCCCAAGCAGAUAAUAGUGGAAAUGUUAGAUUGGAUGAAAAUCUUUCAUCUGAGGACAAACCCACAUGUCAGGAAUUGGUUGAAUCUUCAGCACAAAAUGAGAAAAAUGAUGAAGCAGCACUGAUAUUAGAAGCAGCAUCAAACAGGAAAGUGGUCAAGGUUGUUGUCCGCCGGAGAUCGACAAGUGUUGAUGAUGGUGCUUCUCUGUCGGCAGAUGAGCUUUGCGGUGCUUCUUCAUUGCAAGCGACAGUGGGUGUUGGAGAGGUGAAAGGUGACAUAGAUAUGGAGGAGGCAGGAAAUGGAAGUACUCUUUGGAAAAGCAAGGAGGAUCCUGAUGCAAGGUUGAUGAGUGACACCAGUGAUGAUGGUCACAACUUAGUGAUUAUGAUGGACUCUGAUGCAGGAAGCAGCAGCCCAUCCGCAAGAAGGAAUAGGCCAUCCUUGAAAGGACCUGACAGACCAGGGGACUCUUCAAAGGAAAAUAGUUUGCAGAUAAGAAACAAAGAACAAGAAGAUACGGUAAAGGAAAAGGUGACUGUCGGGGGUGAUCAAAGAGAGGAGGAUGUUAAACCAGAGGCGGAUGAAGCAGACAAGGCAACUGUAGAAGGCAUUGUUAAGGUUGAACAGACUAAAACACUUAAUGAAGAAGUGCCUGAUGGAAGAAUGGCUACAAGAAGAAGUUCUCGAAUUAGAAAGCAAAGUUCCAGUGACGGGAACACCAGUGCCGGACAAACGGAAGAAGUGCCAGUGAAACGGAAGAGGGGAAGGCCACGGAAAGUGAAACUUGAGGAGCAGAUGGAUACAACUGAAGUAUCCAAAGGGAAGAAAGAUAAGGAUGAGAAACCUCCCAUAGAACACAAGCCAUCCACCAAGAGUGUGACUUGUGAAGAGGGUAAAGAUGGAAAGGACAAAGAGGCUGCAAUGACUCUAAGAACUAGAAGUAGAAAUAGAAAAGACAAUUCUGCAGAAAGUGGGAAACGUUUAGACCAAGCUAAGGAUAUUGCUACACCAUCAAAGAAGCAAGAGACUGCAAAAAGUAAAGUACAGUGUGCUAAUCCGAAGGGAGCUCCUCAGAGGAAAGGGACACUAAAGGAAGUUUCACCUGGAAAAAAAGGAACACAGAGAAAACCAGGAACUAAAGACCCUAGUGAGAAGAACAAAGCGGAGUCAACCAUAGAUGAAAUCAUGCGGCUCCAGGAGAAGAUGCUCACCAGACAGAAGUCCAAUGGUCAACAGCAUUCUCAAGAACAACCUGAAAGUCAUUGUACUCAAGGAAAAGUACAAGGUCAUCAAGGAAGUUCUGAAGCCAGUGGUGCAGAAGAGAUGCAACCUGCAGCAGGUUCCUUGCCCCAAGGUUUGGACUUGGAGCAUCCAGCGGAAGGAUGUUGGGCGUAUGGCCUCUGGAAGUUGGGCAGAUUACGACUGCUGACACAAAGCAAAUGCCUUGGCAGAUUACAGGGGGAAGUCGUCAGUGUUUGCGAGAAGAUGGAGCAUCAGACGGACCUUGGUCUUGAGAUGCAAACGGCCAGUGACCUGACGAGGAUGUGGCUCAAUCUUUACCUUAACCCUGGGUCAAAGUUUAUCAGAGGAAGAAUAGAUUGCCUGACAUCAGAGGUCCUUAGCUGGGAGUUUGUGGAUGGGUUAGCUAUGGUACAACCAACGCAGACAUUCAACCCAGCUAUGUGCAUGAAGGUACUAUAUCUCAUCCUUGGGAAGUUAUCAGCUUUAUCAGAGGGUAGAUACCUGUUACGACACAGACCGGGAGAUGCUCAUAUCUGUAUUUACCAGUGUGUUGAUCCUACCGCCAAAAACGUGAGAGCACCGUAUGACCUCCACGCAGCUCAUAAAGCCAGUCAGCUGAUGACAUCACUUCCUCCCACAAUUCCAUGGGUGCCUCUAGACCCAAGUGCCCCGUAUCGUAGCAACAGAUGGAGGGGGUGUGUUCCUCUUACCUUCCCACCAUGUCCGCCAAGCUUCAAACAUCCAUCAAUGCAGCAUGGCGGCAAACACAGAAAGAAGAAGAAUAAGAAGAAAAGGUGACCAGAGGCGUAACAUCCGUACGGAACCGUUGACUUAAAUGAUUGUCAAUAUGAUGUGAAGUUGGAUAUUUGAGAAGGUUUCAUAAAGCAAUUUGGAAAGUUAGGAAUAAUUUUACUGAGUGGUCAUCAGAAUAUGAAGUGCCAAACUAUCAGCUCAAGCAGUUUAAAAGACGUUAGCUAACAAUUUCAGUUUUACUGAAAAGUUAAAGAAGUUUAAAUAAUGUUUAUU